CUUUAACCUAAAAUUCGUCUCAAUUUAUGUUGCCUGUUUUUUCCUCUCCUUUUUAAAACCUUCUUUGUGCUAUUAUUUGGGGGCACGCACAAACACACAGAGUCUACUCUUCCCUUGUCUGAGUAAUCAUUGACAACCAUAAUUGCAACUCAUUAAAGUCCCACCUUACCUAUCUCAUCAUUUUCAUUCAUCAUCUUCCUGCACAACUACAAUCUCUCCCUUUAUCAUAUCAUGGCUAUUCUCCCAUCAUCACGUGACACCCAUCACACCAACGGACCAGAUUUAAACCCAUGCCUCAACUUCAUUCCCUGUCAAUUUCAAUCCUUCACCAUUUCACUCCCCUGCUCCACCCAGCCACACGCCAAACACACCACCAUGCUUCAACACCAACACAAAUUACAUUUCUCAGCCAUUCAUCCUCAUCAUCAUUUGGAUUCGCUAUUGGACUCAAAUACUUCGCCGCAGUCAACGAAAUCGUCAACCGUGAGCUCAAUCCAGGGGAGUCCUCAAGGUUCUUCUUCUUCUUCUUCUCCUUCUUAUUAUUCUCAGGAACCAUCGCCUACGGGCCAUGAAUUUUGUUGGGAAAGCAACUAUGAUACCAUGAAGAUGUUAGAGAAGAUGAAGCUGGACGAAAGCGACAGUUCCGAAUAUCAUCCUGGUUACGUGAAUCAGAGGUUGGAGACCUCAAAUGUUGGAUUCUACUCACUCCUUCAGGAACAAAUUCGAGCUAUUCAAUCGUCUCGGAUCAGACAAGAGGAGAUUCUGUCUCGGAAACAGGACUCAACAGCAUAUGUAGGGAAAAUUCAAGGGCAGAUAUCACAGCAAUUUGAAAAGAAAGGUAAAGGAGUUAACGUUGGGUGUGAUUACGGAAGAAGGAUUCGUCCACCAUGGCAGCAGGGUCGUUCACAGCAUCAAACUGGUUCAAGAGGCUCAUCGUAUUCUGGAACUGGUGUUUUCUUGCCACGUGGAGAAACUGGUGCCCCGUUGGAGUCACGUAAGAGACCAGGUAAAGGAAGCACCACAGUUCUGAUACCGGCAAGAGUGGUGCAGGCUUUGCAAGUCCACUUUGACCAAAUGGCUGCCACGUGUGGACCUACUAAACCUCAUGGCUUCCCUCCCCUGCAGGAUGUUUUAGUGAGUACCAGUGAUGGCAUGUAUUCACUACAAAACACUCAAUCACGCAACCAACAAUCACAUAUGCAGAAUGAGAUGCUUCUGCCUCAAGAAUGGACCUAUUGAUUAUUCAAGUUUCCGCAAGUCAAGAGAAGCAAAGAAAGAUUGAAGACACUGGAUCAAUAAAUGGGAAAUUCUUCUUACAUGGAUUCAAUGACGAGUCAACAUUGAUAUAGUUUUCUCUUCUUUUAGGCUUUGCUUCUUUCUUUUAGAGAUAAGUCUGAAAGUCUGUCAUAUAGUUCUUAGUGAUCAAGAAUCAUACAGAAAUUAAAAUAUAAGAAUAAAAUAUGUAUCACAACCCACAUUCUC